AUGAAUGCUGUCAGCCUCAUUGCAACCAUUUUGCUCAUCUGCACCUCCUCAGCAACUGUUCAAUCCAUGCCGGCCAGAAAUUGUGAUGGAUUCGUGUCGUAUGAACCAUUGAUUGAAGGCUUGGACAAACAGCCCUUCGGAAAUCGAGAAACGUCUGUCCACAAAGGCUAUGCAGGCCGUACUGCUAAUGAGGAUGAUGAUGAUAUGGGUUGUUGUGAUCAACUUUGUCAGGAUUGCGUGCAAGGCUGUACAUGCGGUGGGUGCACUAUAAUGUGA